AUGGCCUCACCCCAGCCGACUAACCGCUUCCUGUCGGUGGUCCGGUCGAUCCCCUUCCAGAUCGCCAUCGCCAGUGGUGUUUCCUUCACUGCUCCGGGCAUGUGGGAUGCCUUGAACAACCUGGGUGCUGGAGGUGCCGCAGAGCCGUAUGCUGUCUCAGCUGCAAAUGCCCUGCUGUAUGGACUGUUCGCUGUGGUUUGUAUCGCUGCCGGCGCCAUCAACAACCGUAUCGGGCUUCGCUAUGGCCUGGCGCUGGGCGCCAUCGGUUACCCUAUCUACGGUGCCGGUCUGUAUACGAACAACUACUCGCCGACGACCUGGUUUCUGCUAUUUGGAAGUGCUUUGUGUGGUAUUUCGGCUGGUUUCUUCUGGGCUGCUGAAGCGGCCAUCAUUAUCGGGUACCCUAGUCCCAAGGAUAGAGCGUUCUACCUAGCGAUUUGGCAAACCGCCAAAGCUGCAGGCCCUAUCGUCGGUGGUGCAAUCGAACUAGGCCUCAAUGCUCAAAACUCCGGCAAGGGAACCGUCAGUGCAAGCACGUACAUCGUCUUCAUCGUGCUCAUGUGCCUCGGACUUCCUAUCGGUCUGUGCCUAAGCCCAGCAGAGAAAGUCCAACGUAAAGACCGGACGCUGGUUGUCGUUCACACGCAAGCCACGUGGAUGGCCGAAUUCAAAGCCGUCAUUUCGCUGCUCUUCACCCGCCGUAUUGCCAUGCUGAUGCCGGCCUUCUUCAUCAGCUACUUCUACAACGGCUUCCAGAGCACCUGGCUGACCGACUACUUUACUGUUCGCUCCCGGGCUUUCUCCUCUUUCUUCACCAACUUCGCCGGCAUCACGUCUUCCUUCCUGAUUGCCACCUUGCUGGAUAAGCAGUCUAUCCACAUCAAGACGCGGGCCCGCAUAGCGUUCGCGUCGCUCAUUUUCGUGCUCGUAGGCACCUGGAUCUGGGCCACCAUCCUGCAGUACCAGUUCUACUACGAAUACACGAACCCAGUCUUUGACUGGUUCAAGGGCGGGUUCGGCAAGACAUACGCUCUUGUUUUCUUCUGGUCCUUCGGUGGACAGGCUUUCCAACAGUUCCUCUACUGGCUUGUCGGGCAGUACACCACCGAUCUCUCGUCCCUGUCUCACCACUGCGGUAUUCUCCGUGGAUUUGAGGCUCUGGGACAGACUGUUGCCUGGGCUAUGCAAUCCGAAGGCAACGCCAACCACUUCGUGAGCAUCGGCCUCAACUUCGGCAUCACCCUGCUCUGCGUGAUCCCCACGUGGAUCAUCAUCUCCGAGCUCGAGCAUACCCAUGAAGUGGAGGUUCGCGCGGAGGAUACCGCCAAGACUGUCGAUGAUGGCGAGGCCGAGCCGCAGACGGCUUAA